AGGCUUAGUGUUGAUGCCUAUUGAACCCUGCUCAUCGUCGUCGUCGCUGAACCCCUCCUCCUCCUCCUCGUGCUCAACCUCCCGUCCCCAUCACUACCCACAUGGCCACCUCCGGAUAUCAUCGAGACAGUUACGAAGACCUGAUGCAGUUGUUAUCGAAAAUGGAAGAUUAUGAUGAUGAAUUACUACGUGAAGGGAUUAGUGAAUUGGAAGGUGCUUUGGUGGCUGAACCUAGAGGCUUGUCGGAAGAAGUGUGGUAUUACUUGCAUCAUGAGUUGAGGGAAAAUGGGUAUGUACUUGUUGAAGUUGACGCUGAUCCUAUGAAGGGUACUGAUGAUCCUGUGCAGAAGGUGGUGAUAGAAGCUAUGGACAGCGGUAUGGCGUUUGAGGCGGGCGAGCUGGAUGGGUACUCGGGAGAGAACGGUGAUCUGUUGGGAAGUGUAGGAAGUGUGGUACGAAGACUGAUGAGGGGGGACAGGCAGGAAAAUUGUUGGUGUGUUAUGAACUUGUGGGGAUUCAAGUCGACUACGAAUUUUCUGGCGGACAACUCUGUGAAUCCUCUGAGUCGAAUUAUUGGGGAGUAUUAUCGUAGGAGCGGCGUGACCGACUUCGUGACGGCUUAUGACACUGACGAGACCCUCCUACGGUGUUGGUCGGGCUAUGCUUUACAACCUGAUGAUGGUAGUAGAGGUAGUCGGCUGGUCGUACCAAAUGCUUAUUAUCAUGUACUCACUGUUGUCAAUGUCCUGGAUGAGGACAUGGUGGUGAGGUUAGAGGGGCUCAGGGGAGAGCGGGAGGUGACGUUAUGCAAAGGGGAAGUAUUGGCUGUUACUCCGGAGUAUGCGGCUUACACUGUAAAGGGUGGUGGAGUGUAUUCAUGCUUUACCUGGCCGGCUAAGGCAUAUCAUACGAUGGAGCCUCUUGAAGAGCUGGAUGUGACCUUGUAUAGGAGCCGUGCGGGGCCGUAUCAUGAGGUUAGUAGUACUUCUAAUAUGAGGACUGUGAUGACUGGUUGUCCGCACUGUAUGCGGCCGAUCGGUCUUGAGCUUGUGGAUACGUCCUGGGGUGGACACUGUGAGAGUGGUGGUGAUUCUUAUGCGUUUGUGUCGAUGUAUUAUGCUCCUGAUGGUGGUAAGGGAUGGUGGGAAGAUGGUCCGGAGGUCGUAAGGAGUCUACAACGGUUGGGUCGGUCUUUGGGGGAGUACUGUAGUGGAAUCCCUAGAAUACUCAUGGUUGCUGUACAUAGUGGUGAGGGAGUUGACGAGGUUGUGAUGGAGCCUUUUGAGGGGUGUUGGGAUAGAGUUGUACCUGUACCUAGAAUUUAUAGGAAUCGAUGGAGAUUCACCCAUCCUCGGCCGAAACCUAAUCCGGCUGAUACUGAAUUGACACUACAGCCGGAGUUUGCUUCACAGCGUUGUUUCGAUUCGAGUUACUCUCGAUCGUUUGGGGAGCUGACUAUGCUGGCAGCACUUGAGUUGGUGGAAUUCGAUAGGAUCGCGUAUAUCCAUCCAAGUGUUGAAGUGAGGUCUCCGAAAUUCGCUGGUGUAUUUACUGCGGCAAAGACGGUGCCUGCUGUAGCUGUGAGUGGAAUUUCAGGGCGCGCGAAAUUGAGUCCCCGAGUAGCCGAUGUGCAUGAAUAUAGGUAUAUGGGGGUGAUGGUCUUCGAGCCAAGUGUGGGGGAUGCGUAUAGAGUGAAGAAUAUCAUAAGGGAGUGUGAGCAUCCUGCCGAGGUCCCGAGUUCGAACCCCGCGGCUGACAUUUUAACUCGGUAUUGGGCGACUGAGAGCUUGACAGGCGUGUCAGUGUUGCCGGAGGUCUUUGUUGGUGAAGAGGCUGAUGAUAGCGAUGUAGAGUUCUACGAUGAGCUCAGUGAUGGUACUGACGGCUCGGAUGUGGUCCUACCACUUCAGGAUGGAUAUUAUGCUUAUCGGCACGAAUGGGGUGAUGACGAGGACACAGAGGAGAAGGAGAAAGGCAAUAGCAGGAGCAGUCGAACUGAAUGAUGAUGAAUUC